CUUUCGUCUCGGCCGCCGACAUGCCAUCCAGACUCAGGAAGACCCGGAAGCUUCGGGGCCAUGUGAGCCACGGCCAUGGCCACAUCGGCAAGCACCGGAAGCACCCGGGAGGUCGGGGUAACGCUGGAGGCAUGCAUCACCACAGGAUCAACUUCGACAAAUAUCACCCAGGUUACUUUGGGAAGGUUGGUAUGAGGCAUUACCACUUAAAGAGAAACCAGAGCUUCUGCCCAACUGUCAACCUUGAUAAAUUGUGGACAUCGGUCAGUGAGCAGACACGAGUAAAUGCUGCCAAAAACAAGACUGGAGUAGCUCCCAUCAUUGAUGUAGUACGAUCAGGCUACUACAAAGUUCUUGGGAAGGGAAAGCUCCCAAAGCAACCUGUCAUCGUGAAGGCCAAAUUCUUCAGCAGAAGAGCUGAGGAGAAGAUUAAGGGUGUUGGGGGGGCCUGUGUCCUGGUGGCUUGAAGCCACAGGACAAGGGGGCUCAUUAAAAUGCUAACACAUGGCUUUCAAAAAAAAAAAAGAAAGAAA